GCAUUCGUGACUGUAUUCUACGGCGGAAGGCUGCGACUUCAUGUAGGACGCGCUUGCGGGGGGCCAAACUCGUGAAAAACCCCUAUCGUGAGCGGACGACGCACAGCAGCACCCUACAAGGCGGCGCGCAUCGAGAGGAGCAUAGCGAAUACGAAUCUAUCUCGCUACUCAUCCGAAUUCAUGCCAUUGCUAUGCCCCUGCACUCAAUCCCUGUCUCGUACUGCUUUUCCUCGCACCCCCUUUCUGCCCUCCGCGCAUACCUGUCCCACCACCUGGUCCGCGUCGGGCACUAACUUCCGGGCUCGUGCUAACUUGCGCUCCGCGCUCCAACUGCCCUCCCUCCCUCGAAUCCCCAUCCACCCUCUUCCGUGGCAAGCAACCUGCUGGCGCAUUACACCCCUCCGCGUUCCUGUCCGCCCUCCCAUCCCAUCCACGCACUCCUCUCUAUGCGCGCCUACCCAACCCAACCUUUUUGGACAAUCCGGACACCGCGUCUCCCCUCCGGAGUCCGGGUAGCCCGUCGCCAAGUUUGCUUCUCACCAGCCUCUUCCGGGUUACCGCUGCGUCUCCCCACCGCCUCUUCCGCGUUUCCGUCUAGCCCAUCUAGCCCGUCUAGUCCGUCUAGUCCGUCUAGUCCGUCUAGCCCCUCCAGAGUCCGGUCCGGACGCCAUUGCCCGUCGCUAUGGACCGCGCAAAGCCCAUCAAGCCCGUGAAGUACGGGCUCGAGAUUCGGCGCAAGCCGCAGAGCCAGCGGGGGGCCGCAGCAGCGAGGCCGUUGCCGCCCGUGCGCGGCGACCCGAAGCUGCAGUCGCUGUUCGGCGACGACGACGACGAUGAGGGGAUCGAGGCGGAUAUCGCGCGGCAGAAUAUCAAGAAGCGGAGCCAGCGAGAGACCGAGCAGCAGCACGAGGCGGCCAUGGCGGAAGACCCCUCGGUGUUUGACUACGAUGGGGUGUACGACGACAUCCAUGCAGCACGCACGUCCAAAGCCAAGGAGGCCGUUCAGAGACAGGCACGCUACAUCCCCAACCUGCUCAAGACAACGAAGGAGAGGGAGAAGGAGAAGGAGAUAGUGCAGGAGCGGCUGCUGGCGAAGGAACGGGCGAAGGAGGAGGAGGAGUUUGCGGGCAAGGAGCGGUUCGUGACGCGCGCUUACCGGGAGAAACUGGCAGAGAGACAGAGGUGGCUGGCAGAGGAGAAGAGGAAGGAAGCGGAGGAGGCAGCCAACGACGUGACCAAGCGAUCUGACCUGACUGACCUGUAUCGCAACCUGUACCGGGCAAGAGACGCUCAGGCAGGGGCAGGGGUGAAGCACAAGGAGAAGGAGAAGGGGAGAGAGGAGGGGAGGGAGGUGGGGAAGGGCGAGCAGGGAGAGCACUGGGCACAGAGCAAGGAGCGGAUGGUGCUGCCAGCAGACCAGCAGGGCAAGGAGGGAGAUGUGGCACCAUCGGUGAGUGCGAGGAGAGAAGUGGGAAGGCGGGGUGAGGAUGGGGAGCCAGGUCUUGCUGCGGGCGCGGGGAAGGAAGAGGAGGACGGCAGUCUAAGAGGCCGAGAAGAAGGACGCAAAGGCGAAGGGAGUAGAACCAUGGCAAGAAGCAUUGAUGCUACUUCCAUCAGUGCCGCUGCUGUGCCUGCCACUGCUGCUCCCAGCCGGAGCAGAGAUGCUGACUUGCCGCGGGGAAGUAGCCAAGAAGGUGCGGAUGAGGAUGGGACGAGACGGGGAGGUGGAGCAGGGGAUGAUGCGAGACACGGGGGUGGUGAGGGUGGUGGGGAGGAUGGUGCUGCUGGAUCUGCUGUGCCAGGUGGCAGCGAGCCAUUGGAUGGUGGUGUCGAGAAGCGGGUGGUGACAGCAGAAGAGAAGCUGAGCGAGGCUCGUGCGCGGUUCCUAGCUAGGAAGAAGCAAAAGAGCACGUCGUAAGCCUGCUUUGCUGAGAAAACGGAGCCUAGGCGACUCAGAUGUUUUGUGUUCAUGCAUGCAAUGAAUAGAAUUUUGUUGAAUGAUGCGUAUUACAUGUACCC